CUCGAGCCUCGAGGCCCGGGGGCCUGGGGGUAGCAGCGGCCACUCCACCAGCAGCUCAGCCGCCCGCUCCACCCUGAAGGAGACGUCGGGCUUCGGCGACUACUCGGCCGCCGGUGAGUUCGAGAUUUGGGGCGAGGAGCACCAGUACCGGCUCGCCAAUGGCCUAGACCCGGUGGCCACCGCCCCCCCGGGCUUGCUCCGGGAGGGGCCGCCCUCGCGCGUCGGUGGGGUGGUCCAGCAGCCCCAGACACCCCCGUCGCUCCAACAGCAGCAGCGCGAGGGCGGCUCCAGCCUCAGGCCUUUGCUACACGUAGCCCACUGCGAGCUCCACUCGCCCCGCGACGCGGAGCUCCUACGGCUGGACCAGCUCGACAGCUACGAGCAGCAGGAGCCAUCGCAGUCGCAAAAACUCGAGCCGGCCGACAGGGACUCGUACGCGAUGAUGGACAAUUACCACAAUCCCGUGCCGCCCCCGCUUCCAAGGAGGCACGCCAGUCACUCGAUGGUGCCUGGUCAUUUAUUGAUGCAGUCGUCCUAUAUGUUACCACCUCAGCAGCAGCAGCAGCAGCAGCAACAAGUGCCAGUGGGCACACUGGGCCCGGGAGCUGGAGCAGCGGGAAGCGGGGGUUCGGGUAACGUGGUGCCCCAAGCGCAGCCCCUGGUCAUGCCGGGCUUUCCCAUGAGGGCGGCGGCCGUGCCCCACUACUCGCCCUACUCGCCGUCGCGCUUCCACAUCGACAAGCGCUGCCAGCACCGGUGCUCCUGGAAGUGCUUCAGCAUCGCCCUCAUACUCGUCACCGUGGCCCUCGUCGCGAUGCUUACCUACUGUGCUACUGUUAACUCCAUGAACAAAAUCGACACGACGAAUUGCGGCCUGGUGCAAGACGUCAAGAGUGUCGCCAACGAAAAUGCAAAUCCGCACGACUCGAUAUCCACGCAAAUUCCAACCGAAGAGAGCCUACCCACGAGCACGGCGGAGCACUCGAGCUCGGCCGACCUGGCGGACCAGCAGCAGCAGCAGUCGUCGUCCCAGCAGCAACAGCAGCAGCCACAGCAGAGCGACCCCCAGAUCCAGCAGUCGGCCCAGCAAUGGCCGGCCGUGCGCGAGCUCCAGUCGUACAACGUCGCCCACUCGGCCGUGAUACCCCCGUACCACUUUUGGAGCACCGAGUUCCGCAACAAGCAGCCCGCCUUCAUCCGGCUGAACCUCACCCUGCCCUGGGGCGCGAACUUUGCCGUGUACGGCCGGCGCAACGUUGCCCCGAGCGUCACCCAGUACGACUUUGUCGAGUUCGUCAAGGGCGGCAGGCUCGACCACCGGCUGAAGCGGGACGCCCUCAGGGACCACGUGAGCUUCACGAGGACCCAGGGCGCCCAGCCCCCGUCGGAGGAGGGGCCCUCGAUGGUGCUGCAGCACCUGCUGUACAAGCGCUCGAGCUUCGAGUCGAUGCUCGUCAACGUCAGCCUACUCCAGUACCUCGACACCGGCCGCUGGUUCAUCUCGGUCUACAACGACGAGCUCCAGCCGUACAAGGUCACGCUCAUCGUCGCCGAGGCCGAGGGCGUAUCCACCACCUGUCCCAACGACUGCUCCGGCAGGGGCUCCUGCUACCUCGGCAAGUGCGACUGCAUCGACGGCUACCAGGGCGCCGAUUGCAGCAAGAGCAUGUGCCGGGUGCUGUGCUCGAGCCACGGCCAGUACGGAGGCGGCAUGUGCCACUGCGAGGAGGGCUGGAAGGGCGCGGAGUGCGACAUCCCGCUCGGCGACUGCCAGGUCCCCGACUGCAAUCAGCACGGCCAAUGCGUCCGCGGCUCCUGCGUCUGCAACCCCGGCUGGAAGGGCGACUUUUGCUCCGAGCCGGACUGCCCGGACCCAAGCUGCAGCGGACACGGGGCCUGCGUAGCUGGCAAGUGCUACUGCAAGGCCGGCUGGCAGGGCGAGCGGUGCGACCAGGUGGACGAGCAGGUAUACAAGUGCCUGCCCGGCUGCUCGGACCACGGGACCUACGACCUCGAGAGCGCCUCGUGCGUGUGCGACGAGCACUGGACCGGCGUAGACUGCUCCCAGCCGAGCUGCGGCCUCGACUGCGGCUCCCACGGCACAUGCGAGAAGGGCCGCUGCAAGUGCCACGACAACUGGACCGGCACUAAGUGCGACCAGAAGCCCUGCGACCCCCGCUGCGCCGAGCACGGCCAGUGCAGAAACGGCACCUGCGUCUGCAGCCAGGGAUGGAACGGCAAGCACUGCACUCUACCGGGCUGCGAGAACAAAUGCAGCGGACACGGCUCGUGCACGCCCGUCGGCGGGGAGUCCAGCUGCGAGUGUCUGCCCGGCUGGGCCGGCCGGGACUGCAGCAUUCCCCUUGAAAUGGACUGCGACGACGACAUAGACAACGAUGGCGAUGGUACAAAAGACUGCUCGGACAGCGAGUGCUGCUCGCAGUCCGUGUGCGCGGAUCAUUUGAUGUGCAUAGCCAGCAAAGACCCGGUCGAGGUCCUGUUGCGCAAGCAACCCCCGAGCGUCACGGCCACCUUUUACCAGCGCGUCAAGUUCCUCAUCGAGGAGAACAGUGUCCAGAGCUACGCCCGUAUCGACGAGUACAGCGAGAGUGCGUUCUGGAGUUCCUUUAAGCCGCGACGCGUUGCGGUGAUGCGAGGCCAAGUGGUGACCGAGCAGGGACUCGGUAUAAUAGACGUCAGGGUCUCCAUCGACAAAGACCAGAAGUUCGGGUUCACCCUGACCAGAGCCGGGGGAUGGUUCGACAUCCUCGCGAAUGGCGGAGGUGCGGUGACGCUGCAAUUCCAGAGGAGCCCCUUCAAGCCGAUGACAAGAACAGUUUUCGUCCCCUGGAAUCAGAUUGUUGUGCUGCCGCCGGUCGUGCUGACUAUCGCCGACGAGGAAAACUCUUUCAGGCCGAUUAAUCAACCGCCCAGCCCGGCCAUUGGUAAAUACCCAACAGUACCCCUUGGUUUUCCAGGCUUCUCGGGGAGCUUGUUCGACGAGCACGGGCCGUGCAUGGAGCACGACCACGAGACUCUUUUCCCGAUAAUCGUCGGCACAUGGAUGCCAGAAAAGGUUGGAGGCCUGCCAGGCAAGAGCCUCGUGUUUGCCGAAACUCAGAUAGUGCAGGAGAGCAUAGCCAUCCCGGGCUCGAACCUCCACUUGAUGUACCGGAGCAGCCAGGCGGCGGGAUACCUCUCGACCGUGCGGAUGCGCCUGACCGGCCCGGUGAUACCCCAAUCGUUGACCCACGUGCACGUCCACGUGGAGAUCGAGGGCUCGGUGCACACCAAGACCUACGAGGCCGAUCCCAACUUGGUGCACACCUUCGCCUGGAACAAGCGCAACGUGUACAAGCAGAAGGUCUACGGGGUCGCCCAGGCCCGGGUCUCGGUCGGCUACCAGUACUCCAGCUGCCCGUCCGUCAUCUGGGAGACCCAGACUGCCAGCCUCGAGGGCCAUCAGGAUACCAUAUCGGACAUCGGUGGCUGGGGCCUGGACAUACACCACCACUACAACUUCCACGAGGGUAUAUUGCAAAAGGGCGACGGCUCGACCCUCCACUUCAAGCAGUACCCGCGCAAGGUGAACGUCGUCAUGGGGACCGGGAAGCGCAGGGACCUCGACGGCCGGGACUUGUUCGAGGGCCUGGCGAAGGAGGCGCGCCUCCUCACUCCGGUGGCGCUGGCCAGUGGGCCCGACGGCAGCAUCUACGUCGGCGACUUUGAUCUCGUGCGCCGCAUCACACCCGAGGGCAACGUCUACACCGUCCUCGUGCUCAGCGCCACGCAAGUCGCCUAUCAGUACUACUUGUGCGUGUCGCCGGCCGAUGGGCACCUCUACAUCAGCGAUCCGGAGAAACAUCAGAUUCUCCGGACCCUCUCGCUCACCGACGUCAAAGACCCGCGCUUGAACAUCGAGCCGGUCGUCGGGAACGGCGAGCGCUGCAUACCCGGAGACGAGGGCCACUGCGGGGACGAGGGCCCGGCUAAUAAAGCCAAACUCGCUCAUCCCAAAGGUAUCGUGAUCGCGGCCGACAAGACCAUGUUCAUCGCGGAUGGAACCAACAUCCGAGCCGUGGACCCUGACGGGGUCAUCCACACCCUGGUGGGGCAUCAUGGCCAUCACAAUCACUGGUCGCCGGCGCCCUGCGUUGGCGCGAUCCCAGCCCAGCAGGCCCAGCUGCAGUGGCCAACUGGCCUGAGCUUGUCGCCUAUCGACGGCUCGCUCCACUUUAUCGACGACCGGCUCGUCCUCAAGCUCACCCGGGACCUCAAGGUGCGGGUAGUCGCGGGCACGCCGCUCCACUGCACCAGCGGGGCCAACAGCGCCGAGCUCCAGAAGCUGAUCAACAGCUCGCAGUCCGCCGCGGCGCGCAAAAAGUCGAACGAAGUCCUGGGCUCGGUGCUCGCGGUCGCUUUCUCGCCGGCUGGCGAGCUUUACAUAGCAGCACGUGACUCGCACCGCGUCAACAGCAUCCGCGUGGUCGACUCGGCCGGCAAGAUGUCCCACUUUGCGGGCCAGCAGCGCGAUACCGCCGGAACAGCGGCACGCGAGCAGUGCCAGUGUAGUGGCGGCGCCAGCGGAGCCAACGCCACCAGGAUGGCCGACGAGGAUUUGUCCGAGCAGCAGCAGGAGGAGGUGGUGGCUACCGUUCAAGGCUGCGCCUGUACGGAGGAGUCGAGCAACGCCGAGAUCUUGCUGGCCUCGAAUGCCAGGUUCACGUCGAUCUCGGCGCUCACGGUCUCCCCCGAUGGCGUCCUCCACGUGGCCGACCAGGGCAGCCUGCACGUGCUCGCGCUCCAGCCGUACUUGCCCGGGUACGACAACAGCGGCGAGUUCAACAUUCCCUUCCCGCCCUCGAACGAGGUCUACGUCUUCAACAGGUACGGGCAGCACGUGGCGACAAAGGACCUGACGUCGGGCAAGACGCGCUACUCGUUCCUCUACAGCAAGAAUACGAGUUUCGGGAAGCUGUCGACGGUCACGGAUAGCGCGGGAAACAAGAUACAGUUCCUGCGCGAUUACAGCAACGCAGUGAGCUCGAUCGAGAACACCCAGGAUCAAAAGUCCGAGCUGAAGAUAUCGGGCGUCGGCUUCUUGGAGCGGCUGUCGGAGAAGGGUAGGGCAGAAAUCACCCUCGGAUACGACAGCGACACAGGCCUGCUUACAAGCAGAUCAGGGGGCCGCGAAACUUACGUGUACAACUACGACGAUCUGGGUCGGGUAACAGAUGUCAUUCUGCCGACCGGGGAAAAAAUCAAGCUGACAUCCGAUCUCACGAACGACGAGGGCCUCGCCGUUAAAGUGGCCGCUCCCCUUCAGGCUCUCAAAUGGGGAGAUAAACAACGAUUUAUGGAGUUCAGGAUGAAAAACGAACGCUCCAAGGUGCUCACCAUUACCGACGGUUCUACGGUGAGACGCGCCACGGCUUUCCCGAACGGCACCCUCGAGCUCGAACUCCCGGGAGGUGGACAAAUCGUGAGCGCUGCGACAACGAAGCACCCGCUGCUGAAGGCCGCGCUGCCCGUCGAGGCGGAGUUGCUGCCGAUGUGGAGUUACAGGGCCAUGUCGCUCGGCGAGCUGAGCAACGUCAUGACGACCAGCUACGGCCUCGUGGGCGAUCCCAGCCGGCUCCAGCAGACGCUCAGCCGUGAGAUCUGGGUGAACGGUUCGCGGGCCGUGAGCGUCGAGUUCGACCAAGCCUACGGUAGAGAGACCUUCUAUGACAGGGGCCGCGCUGCCCUGCUCACCGUCAGCUACGACCCGGCCGGACUACCCCUGCUCUGGCAGCCGCGCGAGGACUUUGGCGAGGCGCUCAACGUCACCUACGAUCGUUACAACCGGGUCCAGGGUUGGCGCUGGGGACCCUCGAGCGAGUCGUACGGCUACGACCGCCACGGCCAGCUCGCCAAGGUCAGCAGCGACGACGGUAGGGACGAUAGUGGCAGUAGGCUCUAUGGGUACGACGAGCUGAGCGGCAGUCUGGCCAACAUAACUCUCCCGAGUGGCCGAAGCUUUGGGUUGCAGUACGACGAGGAUGGAGGCUUGCGCCACAUCGUCUUGCCCUCGGGCACGAGGCACUCAUUCUCUUACCAGGCCUCGCUCGGUUUUACCCGGCUUACCUACACGCCACCGGGUAGCCAGCGCUCUUACCUCCAGCACUACAGCCACGACGGCCGAUUGUUGCAAACCGUGUUCCCGGGAGACGGGGCACGCGUCGUUUAUCGCUACCACGGCUCGGGUGGCCUCGCCGAAGUCGUUCACGGCGACGGCAAGAGCGAGAUGCGCUACGCCGACUCGGGCCUACCCUCGGAGGUCGUGCACUCGGAGCGUGACCUCGACUACAAGUGGGACUACCAGUACAGCGCGGGCCUCCUCGUCGAGGAGCGCAUCGACUUUGGGGCAAAAACGGGCCUGAGCAACGCCAAAUUCACCUUCGACUACGACUCCAACUUCCGACUUGUGGGCGUUCAGGGCAGGAUAGGGGGCCUCGCGCUGCCCGCUCACCCUAUGGCCUACAGUCCGCGGACGGGGGCACUAGAGCUGAUUGGCCAGUUUAAGGUGUCGCGGCCUCAAGCGAACACGACAGCGCUGUACGACGGUACAGCUACGUUCUCGCGCACCGUCGACGGCCGCUUCCUCGUUACUCAGAUCACCGUGACCAUCUACGAGCACGAGGUCUUCAGGAUGGAGUUCAGUCACGACUCGCGCGCCAGGAUCAACCAGACGCGCACCUACACCCGCAACGUGGGAGUCAACACCUACACCAACGUUAAGAACUACACGUGGGACAGCGACGGCCAGUUGGUCGGUGUCGAGGCCCAAGAGCCCUGGGGCUUCCGCUACGACGUCAACGGCAACAUGCUGGCCCUCACCUACCGGGGCAACACCAUACCGAUGGAGUACAACUCGAUGGACCGCAUCGUGAAAUUCGGCGAGGGCCUCUACAAGUACGACAGCCGCGGUCUCGUGAUACAAAAUGCCCGCGAGGAGAGGUUCAGCUACAACGCCAAGGGCCUGCUCGUCCGGGCCACUAAGCGGGGCAGGUUUGAUGUGAGGUACUACUACGAUCACCUCGAUAGACUCGCCGCUCGGAAGGACAAUUACGGCAACGUGACCCAGUUCUUCUACAACAACCAAAAGAGGCCCCACGAAGUCAGUCAGAUCUACAGUCCUCGGGACGGCAAACUAAUGUCUCUGCUGUACGACGACAGGGGCCAUCUGAUAUUCGCCCAAGUCUAUCGCAACAAGUAUUACAUAGCGACAGACCAGUGCGGUACACCGAUCAUGAUAUUCAAUCAGUACGGCGAGGGCAUCAGGGAGAUCAUGAGGUCGCCAUACGGGCACAUUGUCUACGAUUCCAACCCGUACCUCUAUCUACCCGUCGAUUUCUGCGGUGGUUUGCUCGAUCAAAUAACCACGCUGGUGCACAUGCCGAACGGCAAGGUCUACGAUCCGCUCAUCGGCCAAUGGAUGUCCCCGCUUUGGGAGAACGUCCUCGACAGACUGCAAACUCCGACGCACUUGCAUCUCUACCGCUUCAACGGCAACAACCCUAUCGACGUUCAACGUUCCUCGGAAAGUAAUCUUCCUACAGACUACACCAGCUGGCUGUCGAACCUCGGCUACGACCUGAAGAGCCUCGCGCCUCAGCUAUUCCCCGAGAGCCUUCCGAGCAGCCUGGUACCGCCGGCCCUCGAAUCGAGCGGCUCGAUCUUUGGCGAGAGCGAGAAGAAGAAAAAGCACGUGACGAAUCUCGGGGUGCAGUCGGGCUUCCUCGCUUACAUUCAGCAGCGGCACUCGGCAGACGCCGUUGGACUGUCCGCGCCGCCGCGCUCCGCCCUCAAGAAGGACAUGAGCGAGCUUAUCCCGACGCGGCUGGGCGCCAGCUCGGAUCCGCCCUUCGGCAGGGGUAUUCUCGUGUCGCGCACCAAGAGCGGCCAGGCCGUCGUCUCGAGCGUGCCCUCGGCCAACCCGAUCUACCGGGACGUCUUCACGAGCGUGUUCAACGAGUCGUACUUCCUGCCGUUCACCUUUGUGGUGCACUCCUCGCAGCAGGACGCGUUCUACUUCGUGAAGGAGGAGACCUGGCGCGCCCCUGACGACCAGGGCCAGCUCAAGCGGCUGGGUGGCCAGGUAAACACGACCUUCCACGAAGCCUCGGGCUCGGCGGGUCUCAGCGACGUUAAGAUCCACGGGCCCAGUUACGUGAUAAAUUUGCGCUACGGUACGACUGCCGAGAAGGAACGCCAGCGCUUGCUGCACCACGCCAAGCUCAAUGCCGUGCACAAGGCCUGGCACCGGGAGGUCGAGGCUUUGCGCGCCAAUACGCUCGCGAGUCUCGAGUGGACGGUCGCCGAGCAGGAGGAAAUACUCAAGGCUGGCGUGGCCACGGGCUACGAGGCCGAGUACGUUCACGACGCGCAGCUCUACCCGGAGCUCGCCGAGGAUCCCUACAACGUGCGCUUCGUUAAGAAGCCCCUGGACGCGGCCGGGAACAAGCGCCGACGAAGACGAGUCAGCUCGGCCUGCAACAUCUGGUGGCUCGACAAGUUUUGUUAG